AUGGCCAAGGACCUCCAGACGCCUGAAAACGAUACCGGUAUCCUCGUCGGCGCCGUGUUGCUGCCGCUCGUGGGUUGCAGUCGGCUCCUCGUCGUCGAGACGUCGACACUCGACGCGUAUGCACUUGCAUUGCUCGUCUGCGUCAUGGCGCUGUCUCUCUCGACGCUCGUGCGCCUCGGAGCCCACGCGCCAUGGUCGCUGUCGCCCACAGCACUCUACGAGCCGUUGCUUGUACAGAGUCUGUCCCGCUUUCUACCUUCCGACUACCUACACGGCACGUCUCUGUGGCCGCUCCACGCGGCCUUGGCCGUCUACAACCUUCUUUUGCGCUACGGCCUCGCCGCGCUUCCCAGAUCCUUAACGUUUGGCGAAGCCAUGGUGCUUUCGCAGGGCAUGUCCCUUGUCGUUGUCGACAGUGUUUUCUACACUCUGCAGUCGAUGGCACUCUUUGACGCCGGGAUUCCGACCCUUCAGGCAACGACAAUUGUCAUUCAGCUCGUGCUCGUCUUGGGCGUUGCGCUUGGCGUCCUCUGCACGCCGCUCUUUCGAUGCGUUUGGGCCGUGACGCGCGAGGAGCGUCCCGCCUCGGACGAUCACGCGUACAACAUGUGCGCCCGACAAGAUGCACAAAUCUUUUGUGCACUUGCGGACACGUGCCCGCUUUGUGAUGUGCCGAUCCUCGACUAUUUGUACUCGAAGAUCUGCACAUCGCAGAGCGGGCACGUGUCCUGGUGGAAGAGCCAUUCCGCAACGCAUUCGCGGUGGAACGUGUGCUUGCACCGCAAUCCAGCAAUAUUCGCGCUCAAGCUCAGCGUCAACGAAGAUGACGAGGCGGCUAUCAAAUCCUAUGCGCGAGCGACGCGCAUCUUGAUGGAGCUCCUCAAACGUCUCUGCCUACUCGUCGGCGGCGUCUGCGACGUAGCGAUACGUGGGGCGCUCUUUGAGCGUGAAGUGUACCCCAAGACGGAAGCCCUAGCGAUAGUACAUGGCGUGCCGGGGCCGCUUCCCGCGUUUGCCGUGGACGAUGGAGCCGCCGCCGCGCUCUUCGUGAGCGUCGAGACCGACUUGUUGGCAGCUGCCGACGAUGUCCCACGCGCUUCGUCUGCGAGUGUCGCGACGGCUCGGGCUGCGAUCCCGGGCGUAUGCUAA